AUGGCAGUGCAAGCGAAGAACCGGAACAUCACACCUGCUGUAGGCUUUGAUGACAUACCAGGUCAACUGCCUGAAGGGACCAUCCCAGAAGAUGUCGACUACAACUUCGUCGCAGAAGACGCUAUUGAGCAGCUAAACAACAUAAGGCCGGACAACUUCACCAACAAUGCUAUUUGGAGGGACCUUCUUGCCCUGACACAUACUCUGCGAACAUUUAACAGCAAAGAUUCGGUCUACUCUACCUUCCAAGCGUUAUGCCAGGAGAAGAGAGUCUCACGGAUCUGGAUGUUGAGGACGUGGCUUGAGUCUUUCCAAGGACAUGGACACCCGGAUGAGGCUCAGGCUGGCAUAACUUCUCAAAAAGACGACAUACUUGGAGCCGCCAUCAUCGGUGGCGGACAAGCUGGUCUCGCGGUUGCUGGUCGUCUCCAAGCUCUUGGUGUAAGCUACAUUGUCUUCGAGAAGAAUGCCCGAGUCGGAGACAUCUGGCGGAAACGAUAUGAUAGCCUGAGGGUGCAUACUCCAAGAGAAUACGGGCCACUACCACUAGGAUGGCGUUUCCCAGGAGAGGAAGAUAUCAUGCUUCCCGCGAAAAGGAUGGGUGAUGGCCAUGAGGCGUGGGCGGAAGAACAUGCCGUCAACAUUCAGACUGGUACUGAAGUGAUAGAGGCCAGAUGCAAAGAGAUCGAGAGUGUUUGGACUAUCAGAACGAAAAGCGUACAUGGUGAAAACAUCUUCAAAGCCAAAAACCUCGUCCUCGCCAUCGGUCCAGGCCUAACACAACCGGUGUCUCCUUUCUGGGCAAGUCCAUCCAACAUCGCCGCCAGCGGCUUCAAAGGUGACAUCUUCCACGCUUCUGGAUGGAAAUCCGCCAAACCGUGGUUCGGCAAACGGGGCAUCGUCAUUGGCGUUGCCAACACAGGACACGACAUCGGCGAGGACAUGGCCAACGCUGGGAUGGACACGACAAUGGUGCAGCGAGGCCCGACGUUCGUGUUGCCUGUUGAAUGGCUGCAUGCAGCUUUUGCGCCUGACUAUAACCUCGAUAAGGAGACGAAAAUUGCGGAUCAGGAGCAAGUAACGAUUCCAAAUAAGAUCGCGAGGAAUAUGACGAAUAUGAUGGUCCAGGGCCUGAUCAAAACUCACUCCGCCCGCUUCGACGCCUUGGAAGAUGUUGGCUUUAAAGUUGACCGCGAGGGCGAUCUCUUCUCUUGUCUCUUUGAGCGGUUCGGCGGCCAUUACAUCGAUCACGGGGGUUCAGCCAGAAUCGCUAAAGGGGACAUAAAAGUCCAGUCUAAACCUGUGAAAGGUCUGUAUGCAGAAGGACUGGAGUUUGAAGAUGGUUCGAGAAUUCCUGCGGAUUUGAUCGUGCUGGCUACCGGGUUUAGUCAUGAUUUCAGAGCGCAGGCAGGAAAGAUUAUAGGCACAGAGGCAGCGGGGAAGAUGGAUGAGUUUGGCGGGUUGGAUAAAGAAGGCGAGAUGAGGGGGUUUGCUAGGCCGAGUGGUCAUCCCAACUUGUAUUACCACGGCUUUGAGGUAAGGGCCAGUCGCUAUUGUUCGAGGUUCAUUGGGCUUGCGAUUCAGGCCGAUGUCUUGGGCCGUCCAUUGAAGCCGUACUUGAAUUGA